AUGCUGCGCGUCGCGCUGGGAAGAAGGAGCUGCCGUGGCGGCGGCGGGCUGUGGAGAAGCCCGUGCCCCGCAGCUGCCGGCGGCAGCGCCUCGCCGCGCUGCCCCAGAGCCCUGAGCGCCGCCGCCGCCUCGCCUAGCAACGGCGGCGGGGCGGGGAGCGGAGGCGCUCCCCCGGCAGGUGCUAGUAAUGUAAAGCCAUUGGAUGGCGUGAAAAUCCUUGAUUUAACAAGAGUGCUUGCAGGGCCCUUUGCCACAAUGAAUUUGGGAGAUCUAGGGGCUGAAGUUAUCAAAGUGGAAAGACCAGGAGCUGGUGAUGACACAAGAGCCUGGGGCCCACCUUUUGCUGGAGCAGAAAGUGUUUAUUUUCUCAGUGUCAACAGAAAUAAAAAGAGUAUAGCCAUCAACAUGAAGGAUUCAAAAGGAGCAAAGCUAAUCAGAGAGCUUGCAGCAGUGUCUGAUGUUUUUGUGGAAAACUACGUUCCUGGGAAACUGGCUGAAAUGGGUCUAGGUUAUGAAGACAUUAAAAAGAUUGCUCCUCAUAUAGUGUACUGUUCAAUAACAGGUUAUGGUCAGACUGGUCCAAUGGUUCAGAGAGGUGGAUAUGACUCCAUUGCAGCUGCUGUUUCUGGUCUCAUGCAUAUCACAGGGCAUGAGGAUGGUGAGCCAGUUAGACCAGGAGUAGCCAUGACAGAUCUUGCUACUGGGUUGUAUACAUAUGGAGCAAUUAUGGCGGGUUUACUUCAGAGGUAUAAGACGGGGAAAGGACUGCACAUUGACUGCAAUCUCUUGUCAUCUCAGGUUGCAUGUCUCACUCAUGUAGCAGCUAAUUACCUUAAUUGCAAAAUCGAAGCAAAACGCUGGGGUACUGCUCAUGGGAGUAUUGUUCCGUAUCAGGCUUUUAAGACCAAGGAUGGCUACAUCGUGGUGGGAGCUGGAAAUGAUCAGCAGUUUGUCACUGUGUGCAAGAUCCUGAAUUUGCCUGAAGUUAGUAAGGAUUCCAGAUACAAAACUAAUACACUCAGAGUCCAGAACAGAAAAGAACUUAUUGACAUAUUGUCAACCCGGUUUUCCGAAAAAGCAACGAUCGAAUGGUUGCAGCUCUUUGAAGGUAGUGGGGUUCCAUAUGGCCCAAUCAACAAUAUGCAGCAAGUAUUCUCGGAUCCUCAGGUGCUGCACAAUGGACUUGUGAUGGAAAUGAAUCAUCCAACAGCUGGGAGGAUAGCUGUUCCAGGACCAGGUGUCAGAUACAGUGAAUUUGCUGUGUCACAUCCUAAACCACCUCCGCUUGUUGGACAGCAUACAGUGGAGAUACUGAAGGGCAUGCUGGGGUACGAGGAUGAUGCCAUAGAAGAACUGCUCCGCACUGGUGCUGUGGCUCAGCAUGAGGUCAGAUAAGGAACAUUAGCUACAUUCCUUCACACUGAGUUCACAUUACUUUGUCCUCU